AUGUCUCAAACGAUUGUUUCUCCAUUUCGCGAGCUGGAAUUCAAGUCGUUCCACGAUUGGAAUGGUGAUCGUCCCUCACAGACCCUGAUCUUCCACGACGACUCCUCUUUAUGGUGGACCAAAGUCGAGAUAGCUUGGUCACUACCGGCGUCCAUACUGGAAUCGGGCUAUCUCAAACGUUGCUCUAUGUUCCAAGAGUUCAUCAGGUCUAUCGACUUUGGUCAAUUAGAUCUGAUGGACGAUACUGUGACUCACAUCAGUCUAACCUUGGCUGAGCAAAGCCAUAAGCCGAUUCCGAUUCGGGUUGUUCCGAAUGACCAUCAGACAGAGACGAAUUUCUUUCUGUCUGUUGCCGAUCGAAUAACCUUCCAGAUUGAAGAAGACCCAGGGAGAGUCAUAUACCCGAUUCUUGACCAUACUCAUAAUCUACCUACCUUUGAGGCUAGUCACCUAGAAGACGACGAGUUCAUCGCCCCAACUGUCUCCACAGUCCGUUUCGAGCAGAAACGGUUCGCAUACAAAAAGAUCGACCGCCCUAUUUAUGCACCAGGAGACUCAGAGCAUAUUCUGAAUGAGAUUGGCGCUCUCGCACAAUUUCACGGACAACCAAACAUUGCACCAAUACUCGGGGUCGUUAUAUCUGAUAAUCCCUACAAGACCCGUCCGUCAACGAUUUCGUCGCCGGUGGUCACAGGAUUUCUCCUCGAAUACUACCCCGGAGGCUCUCUUGAGCAAGCUCUAUCAGAGACUGAAGACCAAGAUGAUUCGUUGCUAAGACGAUGGGCACUACAGACCGAGAGAGCACUGGAAACAUUGCACAUCCAGCGACGGACUCACCUUGACAUCAAACCAUCGAAUAUCGUUCUUGACGCGAAUAAGAAUGCUAUCCUUAUCGAUAUCAGUGGAACUGGGGGGUAUGAAUGGGAAUGGCUCUCGCCGGAGAUGCAAAAGACUAUUCAAACCGCUGCAGCACCUCCUGCUAGUACAUUAUUCGAGACACGCGUCGCUACAGACUGUUGGGCUUAUGGAAAGCUACUCUCGACUAUGGCCAGAAAAAUGAGCACCAGUGGUUUCCGAGAAAGGUUGCAGUCUAUCAGCGAUGACCUGACAAAGACAGAUCCAAAAGCUCGCAUUUCACUAAGCGACGCUCUUAAAAGGAUAUAA